CGGCGGCGCGCGCCUGGCUGGGCCCUGCGGAGCGGGAGGGACUGAGCGAAGGAGUGAGCGGAGCGGCCGUCGCCCGAGCGGAGCUGAGCAGCCAGCCAGCCUGCCCGCCGCCCUCCAGCCCGCGCUCCAGUCCGCAGUGUCUAGCAGCGGGGCCCAGCAUGGUCAUGGCGGAUGGCCCGAGGCACUUGCAGCGCGGGCCGGUCCGGGUGGGGUUCUACGAAAUCGAGGGCACGCUGGGGAAAGGCAACUUCGCCGUGGUGAAGCUGGGGCGACACCGGAUCACCAGGACGGAGGUGGCGAUAAAAAUAAUAGAUAAGUCUCAGCUGGAUGCAGUGAACCUUGAGAAAAUCUACCGAGAAGUACAAAUAAUGAAAAUGUUAGACCACCCUCACAUAAUCAAACUUUAUCAGGUAAUGGAGACCAAAAGCAUGUUGUACCUUGUGACAGAAUAUGCCAAAAAUGGAGAAAUUUUUGACUACCUUGCUAACCACGGCCGGUUAAAUGAGUCUGAGGCGAGGCGCAAAUUCUGGCAAAUCCUGUCUGCUGUUGAUUACUGUCAUGGUCGGAAGAUUGUGCACCGUGACCUCAAGGCUGAAAAUCUUCUGCUGGAUAACAACAUGAAUAUCAAAAUAGCAGAUUUCGGUUUUGGAAAUUUCUUUAAAAGUGGUGAACUGCUGGCAACAUGGUGUGGCAGCCCCCCUUAUGCAGCCCCAGAAGUCUUUGAAGGGCAGCAGUAUGAAGGACCACAACUGGAUAUUUGGAGCAUGGGAGUUGUUCUUUACGUCCUUGUCUGUGGAGCUCUACCUUUUGAUGGACCGACUCUUCCAAUUUUGAGGCAGAGAGUGUUAGAAGGAAGAUUCCGGAUUCCGUAUUUCAUGUCAGAAGAUUGUGAGCACCUUAUUCGAAGGAUGUUGGUCCUAGACCCGUCCAAACGGCUAACCAUAGCUCAAAUCAAGGAGCAUAAGUGGAUGCUCGUAGAAGUUCCUGUACAGAGACCUGUUCUCUAUCCACAAGGGCAAGAAAAUGAGCCAUCCAUUGGGGAGUUUAAUGAACAGGUUCUGCGAUUGAUGCACGGCCUUGGAAUAGAUCAACAGAAAACCAUUGAGGCUUUGCAGAACAAGAGCUAUAACCACUUUGCUGCCAUCUAUUACUUGUUGGUGGAGCGCCUGAAAUCACAUAGGAGCAGUUUUCCUGUGGAGCAGAGACUUGAUGCCCGCCAGCGUCGGCCUAGCACCAUCGCCGAACAAACAGUUGCCAAGACACAAACUGUGGGACUCCCAGUGACGGUGCAUUCACCAAACGUGCGAGUGAUGCGAUCUGCCCUCCUCCCACAGGCAUCCAAUGUGGACACCUUCACGUUUCCAGCAUCCGGCUGUCAGGCGGAAGCAGCAUUCAUGGAGGAAGAGUGUGUCGACACUCCAAAGGUAAAUGGCUGUCUCCUGGACCCUGUGCCUCCUGUCCUGGCGAGGAAGGGGUGCCAGUCACUGCCCAGCGACGUGAUGGAGACCUCCAUUGAUGAAGGGCUGGAGACAGAAGGAGAGGCCGAGGAAGACCCCGGGCGGGCCCUGGGCGCCUUCCAGUCCACACGCGGCGGGCAGAGGCGGCACACUCUGUCGGAAGUGACCAAUCAGCUGGCCGUGAUGCCUGGUUCAGGUACGCUUUCCAGGAAAAUUUUCUCCAUGAGUGACAACCCCUCCCUUGACAGUGUGGACUCUGAGUAUGAUAUGGGGUCUGUUCAGAGGGACCUGCACUUUCUUGAGGACAACCCUUCCCUUAAGGACAUCAUGUUAGCCAAUCAGCCCUCACCCCGCAUGACGUCUCCCUUCGUGAGCCUGAGACCUGCCAACCCCACCAUGCAGGCUCUGAGCUCCCAGAAACGAGAGGCCCACAACAGGUCUCCAGUGAGCUUCAGAGAGGGCCGCCGGGCGUCAGACACUUCCCUCACCCAAGGAAUUGUAGCAUUUAGACAGCAUCUUCAGAAUCUGGCUAGAACCAAAGGAAUCCUAGAGUUGAACAAAGUGCAGUUGCUCUAUGAGCAGCUAGGAUCAGAGGCAGACCCUAACCUGGCAUCGCCUGCUCCUCAGCUCCAAGACCUGGGCAGCAGUUGCCCUCAGGGGGAAGCUCCUCCUCAGCAGAAGAGCGUGUCUGCGCUCCCCGGCAGCGCGCACCCUCAGCUCUCCCAGCGGCACAGCCUAGAAGCCCAGUACCUGCAGCACAGACUCCAGAAGCCCAGCCUUCUGUCAAAAGCCCAGAACACCUGUCAGCUUUAUUGUAAAGAACCACCACGGAGCCUUGAACAGCAGCUGCAAGAACACAGACUCCAACAGAAGCGGCUCUUCCUCCAGAAACAGUCUCAGCUGCAGGCAUAUUUUAAUCAGAUGCAGAUAGCAGAGAGCUCGUACCCACAGCCCCUUCCCCACCAGGAGACACCGCCGCCAUCCCAGCAGCCGCCGCCCUUCAGCCUGACCCAGCCCCUGAGCCCCGUCCUGGAGCCUGCCUCGGAGCAAAUGCAGUACAGCCCUUUCCUCAGCCAGUACCGGGAGAUGGGGCUGCAGCCGCUGUCCGCCUCGCCAGGUCCCCGGGCUGCUCCCCCGCCACCGCCCCCGCAGCACUCAGGGGCCGCCCGGGCACCCUUACAGUUCUCCUAUCAGACUUGCGAGCUGCCAGGCGCGGCCUCCCCCGAGCCAGACCGCCCCGGUCCCUGUCAGUACUCCCUGGAUGGAGCCCAGCAGAGCGGCCUGGCGGCGCCGGGCUGUCCCAGGAGCUCAGGACUGCAGGAGGCCCCCUCCAGCUAUGACCCUCUAGCGCUCUCGGAGUUCCCUGGACUCUUUGAUUGUGAAAUGCUGGAAGCCGUGGACCCACAGCACAGUGGCUACGUCCUGGUAAAUUAACCUCAGCGUGGGAAGUGAGGCGGGUCAGGUGAAGAGAGUGUGUAUUUCUAUUUUUAUUCCAGCCUUUUCAAUUUAAAACUUAUUUUCCCCCCCUCUCCCUGAUGGGGAAAAAGUCAAGUCACCCAACUGGAAUCAGAGGGCCUGGCCGGGUGGAUAUUGCUUCCUCAUGGCUCCGUCCCACCAUGGGUUUCUGUGGCAAGUGCUGGAACAUAGUUGUAGGCUGCAGCUCAUGCCCUUAGGUCAAGUGGAGCAAGCUCUCAUCAGAGCCACCAACAAAAGUUUUAUAAGAAGAAGACAUCCAGACCUAGGUUUUACACAGAACUACAUCAGUUCAUUAUCGAGGGAAACCUUGGUGAAAGCAGGAAAAAAUGUGUGCCGUUACGUAUAGGCAAAAAAAAAAAGGCAAUACAUUUCUCACUGAAACCAAGCAACAGCAUGUUCCUUAAAGGCAAAUCAAGAAUACAUGAUGAAAUUUGAUGCACAGGAAAUAAAAGAAAGUUGUACUUUGUCAGUGAAUCAUAAGUUCUAAGCUGCUGAUGCAAGUUGUCCCCGAGAUCACUGCCAAGCGGUAAGAGCGUGAGCUUUGUUUCAGGGCCCACUGAGUAACAGCGGGUACUGACCCCUGAGACUGGCAGUCACCUCCAUCUGAGAAUAGGUGACACACCUCUUCAGAAGGUGCCCUGGGUCACAGUGUCCUCAGAGCUCCAAAGAUGUCGCCUGUGGAACCAAGAGAUGCACCGCAGUGGAGACCAGGGGCAGGAAACUCAAGAAACCGUCAAGAACAGCAGCCCUGGGCCAGGGAAGACGGGCGCUUCCUGCACAGUCUUCUGUGGAGACUUCUGGUUUGGGGCAGUUGGUCUUUAGAGGAAUUAGCGUCUCUUUUAAAAUGUAAUAACUACUUUGACUUUACACUAGAUGUUGCUAGUCAUUUAUUGAGCUUUGUAUAUUUGGACAGUUUCAUAUAGGGCUUAGAAAUUUUAAGGAUGAGAAAAAUGAACUUUUAUCUCCCAUGUGAAGUGGUAGUGCUGUGCCUUUUCCCCCCCAGAUCAUGCUUUAAUGAUUUCUUUUCUGUAGAAACCAACAGUUUUCCAUUUAUGUCGAUGCUAAAUCCAAAGUCACUUCAGAGUUUGUUUUCCACCAUGUGGGAAUCACAUCCUUAAUUUCCUUAGAGUUUUGACUUGCAAUGAAAUGUUCAAGUAUUACAGCAAUAUUCAAAAGACCACAGAGGUGUUAACCAUUGAAGCAGAUCAUCUGCCAACCACAGUGUAUAUUAUUAACCCUUACGAUCCAGUCAUCAGAAUAAGUAACAAAGAUGCUACGGCUAGUUGACUGUGUACUUAGAAGUAAGGAGUAAUCUGUCAUUUGGACAGUAACAUCCAAGUGUUACAAAUUCAGUGUUAUUUACAAAGACUAUGUUUCUGUCCUUUAGAAUGGCUUGUCCUAUCAGCAGAUGAAUGCGUUAAGCACAAAGCAUCUUCCUUAAAGCACAAAGAAGAGAGAUACUACACUGAUGCUGCAUCUAGAAAACACCUUUAAGUUGCCUUUCCUCUUUGUAGUACGUGUCCACGCAGGUGGGGAGAAACAUGGAAGGUCUAGGAGUUCUGUCCUGGCUCCUCUUGGUGCCAGGACGCUCCACAGAGGCCCUCUGCUUGGGGUUGGCCUCUGGGUGUGAGCAAGGGAGGGUGGUGUGGAGGACGCAUUUUUGUGAUUUGACAACACGCAGUGAAAACCCAGGAAGAAGGAAUUAGGUUCCUUCUACGGAUUGUUUGUUCCUCCUCAUGCUUAAGAUUGAUGAUUUCGUGAAAUAGACACCAUCAUUUCAUUUAAGAGAUCCUUUCAUUAAGAUCUCUAACCUGUUUUAAGUCUUUGCAAAAUAAGGCAGUUAUAAAACAGGGCUUGAUUUGUUUAGACAGAAGGAUGUUUUCCCAAAAUGUUCUACAGAAGCGCUAUAAUAUUUAUGAAAUUAAAAUGCCUUCCAGAUUGAAAACGGGGGCCGCUCAUUUCAGAGUCCCCGGAAUGGCAGAGUCACAGAUCGGCAUAGAUGCCUGCCCCCCACAGGGCCAUGAGCCACUGAGCCCAGGAAAGCCGGGAGCUACGGCAGGACGACUGGGCUGACAGAUGAGGCGGGAGAGGCCCCAGAGGUAGACACUGGGGAGCACCCAGCCGUGGCGGGUCUGUUCAGACCGACGACAGCAGGGUGAAUAGCGUGACCCAUCCUGCUGGACUAUGUUGUAAGCUCCUGUUUGCUUUUCUCAUUUAUUUCAAGCAGAAAUCAAUAAAUUCCAUAACAAUCUGUAUUUGCUGAAACGUAAGCUGGCGAGAGGAGACUGGUGCCAUCCGUCAGUCAGGUGUUUUCCCAGCCCCGUCUGACCAUCGCCGUUGCUCUGUCCCCCGACUAGUGAGCGACCUAUGUGAGCCUCCAAGCAGUUUUCUCUUCACAGAUACUAAAGUAACACUACGAAGGCUUAGUACUAGAGGUACUUUGAAAUCAUGACUUUCUUUCCAGUCUGUUUCACAUUAGCAGUGUGUACACUACUGUAUAAUAACCAUUAGCUUUAUUAUCUUGUAAACCAGGCUCCUCUGAAGAGACUUUGGUGAGAUGAACGUGAGGUAAAAAUUUCAUUCAGCAAAAAGUGCAAUAGGUGUGGUACUCUAUUUUUUGUUUAUGCUUUUUUUUUUUUUUUUUAAAUCCAGGGGUAUUAGUCUCUGCUUUGGGGAAAAUGCACUAGCUCUGCAAUUUCCAGUUGGGCGAGUGUGUCUCUAGUAUUUACAUGCCGCUGAUAUGCUGGUCCCUGUAAGGCAAACAGCACGUCAGCGCAGCAGAGAGGGUGGAUGUUCCACUUGAAACUGGUGAGCUGCGCUGACUGUCCCCUGCCGCCUCUGCCCCGCCCAGGCCUGCCCCGCCCUCUUGCUGCCCUGGGAACACAGAGGAGGACCCUCCAAUCUGCACGUAAGGGGAAGCAUCUGGGGCCCAUCAAGGAGGACUGGGAGAUGGCACUCUAGGACUCCUGCCUUUCUGCAUCCAACUUUGCCUCCGAGGAAAGAGAAAGUCAGAGUCGCUUUUUCCUCAGAGCGUUGAAGCGGUAUCCCAAGUCAGUCAGGCAGGACUGCAGGAGCCCGCGAUCGGGACCAAAGGCAGCUCUCACCUCAGAGUAGUGGGGGGCCUGUGCCCUUAUGGGGAGGGAGGGGACCGCCUGGUGUGAAUGUCGCCCCCCACCGACGACAGACCUCUGCAGAAGGGACUCGCGGUGGCACUGGCCUCUUCCUCUCUGCCCGAAAGGGGGCUUCUCAGAGAAAUGAGUUCUACCUAAUUGUUAGAGUUGCGAAGAAGGGUGUGUUCACAGCCCAAGAGUGACUGGCUGGCCAACCAGAAAUUAAAGAAAGGUGAGAAGCGGCAGCCUCCCCUCUGGCUGGUCGGGGGUCCAGGCGCACGGUGGUCAGAACAGCCCCUGCUCAGGUGCGGGCGGUUCACACACGUGGACCUGAGGAAAUGAAUGGUUUCCUUUGCAGGGUCCUCCCAGCUGUGGUCAGGCCCCAGGUAAAUACUGGCUUCUGUGUUGGGCUCAGGAUUUCUAGCCCUGGAUUACAUUUAAAAGCCUGUAUCAGCAGUUACACUUAAGCUCCCUGUUGGCUUAAGGAAAAUCUCACUCUAGAUAAUUGUUCACGUUCGUCCUCCUUUGAGACAAUUCGUAGGGUCCUUGGACGACACUGGUCCCAGUGAACAGUUGCAGAACCCCUGUGCCGGGGCUCACCUUGGCUGCAUGUGUACCCCUAAACUGGACUGCCUCAACUGCCUCCUUGGAAGCCACCGAGCCGCUCAGUCUCUUUGUGCCUAGACAUCAAAGGUAAAAACUGGAGAACAGGUAGUAAGUUGGAGUCAUCGUAUAGGCAGGGAGCUUUGAUCGUUUUGUUGCUUCUGGAAAUUUUUCCAGAACUUAUCUUCAGAGUGAUGUGUGGAAGACAAGAGCAGUAUCAUCUGCCUCUCUUUCUAAGCUGGACAAAACAAAUGAUAACAAAUUUAUGUAUCCCUUCUGACAGGUUCGCUGGUUUGGUCCUCCCUGGCGUGUGGUCCCAGGGAAGAGACUAAUUACAGAGCUCUUUGUGUCUGUCAGCCUGCAGCCCCCGGAAGGCACGAGAUGACCUCAGGCUGGCCUUCCACAGCCCCUCUUGGACCCCGAGUCCCUGGUCUCACAGUGCCCCUCACAUCUUUGUUUCACCAUUUUUCCCCGUGAAGGUAGCCUGGCUGAUUACAGAAGACUCGCAGCCGCCCUAGCUAUACCACCAUCUUGUCCACAUCUGGGCAGAUUUCAACACAUUUGGCAGAAUGGGGCACCUACUGUUGUAGAGAUUGAGAAAUAGGCAGCAGCACAGCCCGCAGCCAGUGAUAGGUUUGAUGGUUCCUGCCCAAGCGCUCAGCUUGUCUGUCCAAAAGGAGCAGUAGCUUCUGUCUGUACAUCAAUUUACCAGGCACUUUCACGAGUAAUCUUUUCUAAUGCUCACAACAGUACUAUGAAGUUAGUUGAGCAAAUAGGCCUCAUUUUUUACGGCUGGGUAAACCAAAGCUCUGGGAAGGCUAUGUGACUUGUCCAAGCCACAGAGCUCGUGAGCGGAGGAGGCGGGACGGGCUUUUGGGUGCUCUGGCUUCUCAAUCCACGCUCUUCCCUCCUGGGUAGCAGCUGACUCUUCUCAUGAGCAAACAGCUGUAUAAACAAAGCCCCCACCUUGGUUAAGCACUGGGUGAAUGUGACAUUGUCCCCGAAACCUUACUCCCACUUGACAGCCGCCUGGCUUUGGGGGAAGUGUUGCCCUCCAGGUAACAACUGUAGUUGUCCAGGUGGCCCUGCAUGAACAAGGCCAAGGGAGACACAGGCCCCGCAGAUCGCCAUCUUUCCAGCGUCCCAUUAACUACAGAAGUUCGGGUUCACAUCACAGAUGUCUCAUUUCUCCACCUCACACAAUACAGUAACCUCCUGAAAAAGUAUAUGACGGGACACACCCUUUCUUGAUCGCCAAGGGGCCAAAUUGCACUGCUUUGACUCACCAUCGCAGACCAACAGACUCAACCCCAGGAAAGGGUGUCGCUCAGAAAAGAAUCAGGAACUCAGCCCAGUCCUGAGGAGGGGGAUAAAGUAUCAUCUUUACAGUUAAGACCCGUCAAGUAGAAGUGCUGAUCAAGUACUUUUAGGGUUAAAAAAAUAACAUACUUUGAAUACUUUUGUCUUCAGAGGCAAAGUGGGUGGGUUAGGGAGGAGCUUUAAAAAUAGAAGUACAAAAUAACAUCCUGGAAAAAUAUGACCCCAGAUUGGAAUAAUGUUAUAUUAGCAAAUACAGAUAACAGGGACUUGCCACUGGCUGUGUGAUGCCUAUCUGUGCAAGAUUUGCUCAAUCAAGGAAAUACACGUGGUGAUGCUGUCCCACUACUGAUGGCGAGAGAAAUCUGCCUCCACCAAAAUCUCUGAAGGAAAAAGAACCAGAGUGAAAAGGAGGUUUGCUUCUCUUUGGGGAUUGCAAUUUAGGAAGUAAAAUUGAUACAGAGAUAUUUGCACUUUGUAGAAAGGGCAAGAUUAUUUGCUUAUUUCUGAAGGGAGGAGGGUGGUCUUUGCUGGAUGUUUGGUUUGUGAAAGAGUUACUUUUGAUUAAAUUAAUCUAAUUGUAGUUAUUUUUUCUGUGUGCUUUUUUUUUUUAAUUACUAAGAAAAUGGUGAGUUCAAUAGCUUUGGUAUUUUGAGUGCAAAUCAUAAUAGCUCCAAUGUGAAAAAAAUCAAAAUGUAACCUGUCACUCAAUGUUAGAAAAUUGCUUUAAAAUGCAGUUUAAUAAAUGAUCUUUGUAUCAAACGUAAUUUAAAUGGGGUACUUUUCUGCAAGGAAAAUGUACUGUUUUUACGUUUCCAAACCUCUUGAAUUAAAAUAAAAACAACUUGUUUUCUAA